UCAUGUAUUUCAUUCGUAUUGGCGUAGAAAAAAAAAAAGACUACAACUACCAUAGUUUUUUCUGUUUAACGCGUUAGUUCGAUAUAUAUUAAAGGCUCGCCCGCCUCUGCAAAUAUGUAUAUUGGCGUUGUAGCUGAAGGUUAACUACUUUGACAGGGAUACGCCGUCUUUUAAAAACACCGUACAUGACGCAUCCCCGUUGAAGUCCCCUUACUUUUCUGCACAUGCUCAGUGGAGCCGCCCAGCUAGCCCAUCCACGUUAGCAACGGAGCGGAUGUAGCGUACAGACAAAACAAUAGUAGUGUCAUCGCGUGUUGAACAUUAGAGCUCUUUCGCUUUGGUUUCCACUGAUGUGAACCCGUGUGUGUGUUGGUGACCUAGCGUGGCCUCUUUGGGAAAGUUGAAUGGGAAUUAUUAGUCGUUCGAAGCAGCCCUACCUUUAUUUGUGUUGAAGCUAACUAGCAGGGCGGCUAACACUUAAGGGGGAGCCGCCUGACUGAAGGGAAGCUGUCAAGUCUCUGUGAGAUUUGCUUAAACAUCAAGAAAUGGAUGGCAAAACCAAAUCGUCUCCUGAAAGAAUACUUCUGGAGCCAUACAAAUAUUUGCUACAACUGCCAGGAAAACAGGUUCGGACAAAACUGUCCCAAGCCUUCAACCACUGGCUCAAUGUUCCAGAUGACAAACUCCAGGUGAUCAUCGAGGUGACGGAGAUGCUGCACAACGCCAGCCUGCUGAUCGACGACAUCGAGGACAGCUCCACGCUGCGCCGGGGCUUCCCCGUGGCCCACAGCAUCUACGGCGUGCCCUCCGUCAUCAACUCGGCCAACUACGUCUACUUCCUGGGCCUGGAGAAGGUGCUGACCCUGGAGCACCCGGAGGCCGUGCGCGUCUUCACCCGCCAGCUGCUGGAGCUGCACCGCGGCCAGGGCCUGGACAUCCACUGGAGGGACACCUACACCUGCCCCAGCGAGCAGGAGUACCGCGCCAUGGUGCUGCAGAAGACGGGCGGCCUCUUCGGCCUGGCCGUGGGCCUCAUGCAGCUCUUCUCCGGCUGGGGCCGCGACCUCAAGCCCCUGCUGGACACGCUGGGCCUCUUCUUCCAGAUCCGCGACGACUACGCCAACCUGCGCUCGCGCGAGUACAGCGACAACAAGAGCUUCUGCGAGGACCUGACCGAGGGCAAGUUCUCGUUCCCCACCAUCCACGCCAUCUGGUCGUGCCCCGAGAGCACGCAGGUGCAGAACAUCCUGCGGCAGCGCACGGACAACGCCGACAUCAAGCGCUACUGCGUGGACUACCUGGAGAAGGUGGGCUCGUUCGCCUACACGCGCCAGACGCUGCGCACGCUGGAGGAGGACACCUACCGGCUGAUCCGGGAGCUGGGCGGGAACCCCGAGCUGGAGAGCCUGGUCAAGCACCUGGGCAGGAUGCACCAGGAGGUGGAGGCGGUGGGCGGCGAGGCGGAGGCCGGCGAGGGCGAAACCCAGUGAGGAUCCUCCGCCUCCACGGACCGGGGGAACCCGAGCCGCGUGUGCCUGAGCCAGCGCCACGGUGCCCGGAUCGACAGACUGGAGGAGGUCCCUCUCGUCGGAUCACGAGGGGAGAUCCGUUUACCGUCCCCUGACUCCGUUGUCCAAGAAACCCCAAAAACACUAUUUGUGUUCCCGAAUGGUAACAGUUUUAAAUGCAGCCAAAUAAAGUUGUUACUUUUGUGCCUCCCAGACGUGCGGGUGUGUUUUGCCAACGCUGAUUUGCGCAAUGUGUUCCGUGUAUGCGAAAGUGCAACUGUGCGCUCAGCGAAAAGGUUUGAGCUGUUAUUGAAAUGUUUUCGUGGCUUUAGGUUUUUCCCAAAUCCAUCGACAAUGAGGUUAGACCCCAGAUCUUAUUUCUGGGCUUGACACACACACACACACACACACACACACACACACACACACACACACACACACACACACACACACACACACACACACACACACACACACACACACACACACACACACACACACACACACACACACACACACACACACACACACACACACACACACACACACACACACACUUUCUGUAGCCCGAUGAAAACUCAAGCUUGGUUUACUUUCGUUUUUCGGGUAUGAAGUUUCGCUUGAGGUGUGUGUGAAAUUCUCCCAAAUGGGAUUGUUUUGUUAUUUGUACCUAUAUUGCUGCCAGAGUGCCAAUUGCGUCGAAAAAAUUAAUCGUUACUAAUCUGUCUUUUUUUUUUAUUUUUUAUCCUGCACACAUGCUACUGCUUGCUGUUCAUUUCAUGCUGCAUUAAGGUUUGCUGUAAAGGCCCAUUCCAUCGAGCUCCAGCUUUGAUUGGUAGCAAGCCUCACAAAGUGACUUUAUACCACGCUCAUAUCUGGCUUCCCAUUCAUGACUUUUUAAUCACAUUCCCACUGAAGUCACUAGUAUUCUAGUCAUCUUUGUCGUUGCACAAUGUGCUUUGCAGAAGAUUUUUGCAUCUAUCAAUUAAAAGCAUAUACAUGGGGAAAUAAAA